UUAAAUCUACAAAAGCUCAUGCUGCCAACCUCUUUCUUUCAGUUAGUCUCAAAAUUUCUCAACAUACUUGUGAGUUCUGAGUUUAUGGUUUUCAUGUAGUACUCACUAGCUUUUGUGCACCGAUUACAUACAGACCUUCCAAAACAGAUUGUGUUUUGUUGUUAUCAUUAUGUCGCUAUAGUUUUCUGUCUACGCUGUGUGCUGGGAAGGUAUCUCUGAUUAUCAAGAAAUGUAUUGCAAGGCAAAGUACAAUGGAAUCAAAAGGAACAGUCAGAAACAUCUGUAUAGGUUGUGUGAACCAACAGUAUACAGGAAUUGCCAUUUAUAUUAGCUCUUUAAUGAACCAAUUUAUUUUUAACUGAGACAGUGAGGAGAGUGGUUCUCUGUUGAAUAAAUCAAUUUAUUUCAGUCACAGACCAGAAAUACAAAACAUAUACAAAUAACAAAUCAACAUUGUAUUUACAACACACCCACAACAUGUUUGAGACUGUGUCCACACUACAGAAAUAAUCCACUUUGACUCCACUUUAAUUGCCAUGGCUCAAUGCUAUGGAAUUCUUGGGAUUGUAGUUGUGGCACCAGAAUACUCUGACAGAGAAGGCUAGAUGCAUCACAAAACUACAGUUUCCGUAGCACAAAGCUAUGGCAGUUCAAAUGUGUCAAACUGGAUUAUUUAUGCUGUGCAGAUGCAACCUAAGGCAUGGUACAUACAAAUACAGAAAUAAUUAAAAUAUAUAAGCUAAAACAUUCACUAAGAUCUUUUAUGACUUGUCUCCUUAGUUUUAUAGAAGAAGCACAAAACCUGCCCACUUUUAAAGUGAUCUCUGAUUCCUUAACUUCUGUUAUAACGAGACAUGCUCAUUCAAACCCUUCCAAGUCAGUAAUGCAGUAAUUACUAUGCAGUAAUGGUGAUAGCAAAAUACUGUACUAAAUCUGGCUAAGGUGAAAGAUUUCCUAAAUUUGGGAAUAUCCAGCUUGGAUAGAUAGCUGGCUGGUGUAAACAACCUCCUAUCAUCUUUAAUUUCAGGAUAUCUUGCCAAUUUACUCCGAUAGCAUUGCAGCUCCCAGAUACAUUGCUUAUUUAUGGGUAUUUUAAUUAAAGCGUGAGAUAUGAACCCCAAGCAGCUUUUUUUGCAGCAUAGAUUUCCAUUUUGUCUGACAUGUGUCUAUUAAAGUUAGAAGAGCCAAACUCCCUGGAAGGAUAAAAAAACAAACAGUUUUAACUAAUAAUUGAUCUGAAGUACCCAUGUGCCACACUGCAGUAUAUUAGAUGCACAUCACCAGUACCACCUUAUAAGGGUGUUAACAUAACAAUGCAGUUGUGACGUGCCUUCCUCCACCCAUUUGAUGGGUACUAUUGCUAUUUGUGCAUGGCUUGGUGCCUUCACAAUUAACUACUUGCUUCAUGGUCUAGGUCACACACAAAUCAGCCCUUAUUGGUAAUCAAUGAUAUUGGAGAGAAUAAGUAGCCCAUUGUUUUAUAGGUCUCUUUAGGAACUUCUGAGUAGGUCCUGUGAAUUUUCAAAGCUUAGUGCACUAAUGAAUUUCAAAAAAUGCAUUAGGUAUCUACUACUGUAAAGAAUAUCAGCUUGUUGUUUUUUUUAUGGACCCAUUCCAGAAGCAAUUUAUUAAUACUAGUUAAAGGUGUUUUGGACAUAAUGCUGGACAGUUUCCUGCCUGCCUGCUGCUAGGGGAUGAGAAGCACCUCAAACUCUUGUGAUCAUCUGUUCCCUAUUCUUUUCACCUGUGGUUUGUACCCACACCACUCUUCUUUGAUAUUAACUAUGGUGCAGCAUCAUAUAGUUUGUCUACACCAGGAUACUUAAAGCUAGUUGUCAUAGUGUUGUCUAGUUAGGAGAUCAAGCAAUGUUGCUUUACUCUAUAUAGUGUCCUUGCUCAGCAGUGCAUACACCACAGGUAAGGCUUUCUGUCCAAUAUUUGUGGCCCUAAGUAAGGCAAUGUAGCCUACUUAUCAAGGUUAAAACCUGAAACUGUUUGGUGUUAUGUGUUUGAAUUAGUUGGUAUGGUACAGUGUUUGUCAUUUCCUUCCCCCCCCCCCAACAUCUAGAUAUGCAGAUUAGUUUCUGCACAUGUGACACAGGAACAAGGCUUUUCAAGAGCUAUUGAGGUGGUUUAACUGUUUGACAAAACUGAAAUGUCAGUUUAGUUCGUUGUUUUACAUUCUUGUGGUUAUGUAUGUUUUUAUGCAUGUGUGUGUACACACUUUUCCCCUUACAAGUAGGCAUCAUCCCCUUCUACUUGACCAAUAAUGUUUCCUUUAUUUGUGUAUUUUCAAAGUCACUGUUGGAAAAAUACUUAUUUAACUUUUUUCUGUUCGCUUCUUAUUUUUCAGGGUGUAUUGAAAAAAUCCUUAAGACUAUUGAAAAUGUUACAAGUGGCAUAAUUUAGCCAGUGCCCCCAGACUGAUGGAGUACCAGAAGAUUGGAAAUGGUUUGCAAGUGACUGAUAUAGGGACAUCUGCACUCCACAUGGUGGGGUAUUUGGGAAAAGACUGUAGUUCUGCUGAAAUAAGUCCAGAUGAAUGCUGCCCAGCUUGCAGAAAGAAAGGUCUGAUACAGCCCUUAAGAACACAUCGGAUCAAUUUCAAGGAAUUGAUAUUCCUAUGUGAAAAUCCACAGUGCAUCUAUCCUCUAGGGUUUGAACCACUAAGCAAUAUUAUUACUCCCAUUGAUCCAAAAGAUUAUUUGUCUCAGGGCAGUAGCAGGAAAAGAAAGUUCUUUGAUACAAGCCUGGUGACAUCUUCUUUUGAACCACACUUAAAAUUGACUAGGAGCGAUAAUUUGAUAGACACUAAGCAAACACUUGUUCCUAAGUGCCAUGGAAAUAAUACAUUUGAGACUCACUUGGGACAACCAGAUUUUCCAAAAGCUCAUCAACCAGAUGUUUGUAAUACAGCUGACUCCAUGGAGAGACAAAUUGGUUUGGAAAUGGCAGCUACAGAAAACUUACCUGGGAUGUCCAUUGUGCAAACACAGCUUUUGUCAGGUUCUGAAAGUGGUUCAUCCAUGCCUCAGAUUUUACCUCAAGACAAACAGUCUCUGCCAGAACAACUUUGGCUUCAGUGGAGGAAUGCACAUGCUCUCUGCUGGUUAGAUUGUAUUCUGUCAGCACUUGUGCAUUUAGAGACACUAAAAAAGAUACGUAGUGAAUCCAUCUCAAAAAAUAUAUCUGUAAUCCAGAGACUGUUGAUAAAGUAUAAUGAAGCAAUUGCACUUGUGAAUAAUUACCGAAGAGGUGAAAAUACUGUGGAAGUUCCUUCGGAUAUUGUAUCAAAAGCUGAAUCUCACUUGAAUGAAAUCAGGAACAUAAUUUUUGUCCAGCUUCAACCUCAACUUAAAUGUAAAUUGGGUGAGGAGGAAAGUCCAUUGUUUGCUUUUCCUCUACUUCUACACAAGGACUCAGAAAUAGAGAAACUUUUUCUCCAUUCUUUUUCAUGGAAUCUUGAAUGCUCACAGUGUGGCUACCACAUCUCUGACAGGUGUCAGAAGACAUUGACAACAUUUACAAAUAUAAUUCCAGAAUGGCACCCUCUGAAUGCGGUUCAUAUUGCUCCUUGUAAUAACUGUAAUCACAAAUCUCAAAGAAGAAAAAUGGUUUUGGAAAAUGUCCCCCCUGUAUUUAUGGUGCAUUUCGUCGAAGGCUUGUCACAUAAUAACCUCGCAGCCUAUUCAUUUCAAUUUCAAGAUGAUUCCUAUCAAAUAAAAGCUGUUGUUCAGUAUCAGAAGAAAGAAAAACAUUUUAUAACAUGGGUCUUGAAUUCUGAUGAAACAUGGCUCGAGUGUGAUGAUUUGAAGGGCUUGUACUGUAGAAAGCACAAGAGCUUUGGAGUUCCUCCAGCAGAGAUUCACAUUGUCAUCUGGGAAAGAGAAGCACCACAAAUGACCAGUGAUAGAGAUUUGCAGUUGCAAAGUGAAAGAGCCAUGAACAUUCCCCCUUUAAAAGAACAGCAAAAAUCUCUAGGGAAAAAUCAUGAUGACAAGCCUGUAGAAAUUACACCUUUAAUUUGUCAUACUGCGGAGAAGCUGCAUGCUUUUACAAAUAAGGCAGAAACCUUAGACACUAAUAACAACAGCAGUUUGCUUUGUGGCAAUGAUGAUAUUAUAACAUUGAAUCUUGUAAGUAUUCCACUUGACUCAGAAGGUAAACCACUAGAAGAUAGCCAUAUUGUACAAAAUAACCUGGUAGCCAAAGCAGGCAUAUCACAGCUACAAAGAGGUCAGCUUAAUAUGUUUCCACUUACUUCUGAGGAAAGCAUUUCCCUUAAUAAGUGCAAAACACCAGAACAUAGUGCUAUUCCCUUGCAUCAAAGACAGCCAAGCAAUGCAAGUGACCUAUUUGUUAUGCCAGCAGUUCUUUUAAACAGUAGCAGUAACUUACCAGCAACAUCACCAGUCCAAGGGGCAGAACCUGAAGUUAAUUUAGUUCCAGUUAAAGAUAACAACUUAGUGAAUUCCCAGAGUGAAGCUAGUAAAGCGAAAUCAGAGAAUAGCUGGCAGAGAUUAUCUAAUACUGCAGAGCACAGAAUAGAAACAACAUCAAAUUGCCAUGUUUCUCCUUCAUCUACUUUGCAUAAUUCCUCUCAGUCACACCAUAAGAGAGGGAUGAAAUCAUUUUCAGCCAAUUGGGUAAAGAGCUUAGUUGGAAAAUGUACUUCUGUGCCUAAAGGUGGCUCUAUUUUUAAAAAAGAGGAAGAUGCUCAAAAGUCCAUUAAAAAAGAAGCUAGUUAUUUACUUGGAAGGCAUGCAAGUCACUUUCAAGGUUUCCAAGCAAAGUCUUCAGGAAAAUUGGUUGAUUUGGGUUCCUCACAGAUCAUUCUGCCUCCACCUUCUACCACUUCUCCUUUCAAUCUACCUUUUGAAAAACAUACUACUGUUGGAAGUGAAGGAACUGUAACUAAAAGACCAGGCUCUUGGGUCACUUCAGGUAAGCAAAUUCAGCCCAGUCAAAACUGUAUUGAAAAUAAAAACUCUGCCUCUGUUGAAAAUAGCAAGCCAGCUUUUGAUAAAACACAUCAGCUACGUCUAGAACUUCUUCAAGAGCUUAAAGCUAAAAAGGAGAAACAAGUGGCACUAGACAAACUAAAAAAGGUUCAAGUUAAAAAAGGGUCUAUCAAGAAAAUCAAGAAGAACCAGUCACAGCUUGGAUCCCAGAAAGGUGGUGAACCCCUACAGAGAUUGUUAAAUGAACUGCAACACCAGAUUGAUAUUGAAGAUAGUAAAUCUGUGAAUUCUGCAAUUACUAAUAUGUCACAGUGCAGUAAUUCAAGUGAUGAGGACUUUUUAUCUGAGCUACUGUCUCCAGCUACAACUAUUGCUUCUUUAGAACUUCCACACGAAGAAGAGUGUAGAUAUCUGGAAAUGGGGGGUGGCAGUCCAAAGUCUCCCACAGCGAAUCAGAAAUCUGAUGGCAUACAGAUCAUAAAUCAUGAGCAUAGUUAUUACAGUCCAGUAAAGGAAAAUGGACAUGAAGACCAGACAGACCUGUUAGCAGUCAGGUCACCCCUGAAGAAACUUGACUUUGACAGUCCUGUAAAACAAGAUAUUCUGGAUGAUCUCUUCUUUAGUUCAGUGCUGAAUUCAACAACGGCCAGUGCUGAAGACUUCCAUUAUUUUGAUGAAACUCUGUUAACUUGAUGAAUUGUGUUUUAACAAUUUAAUGUUUUUCUGUGAGUUGGCUUUUAAGCAAAGCAUUAAUAUAUUUCAAGCCGAUUUGUACAUUUGAAUAUUUGAAAUUGUACUUUGAAUAUUUGAGAUGGGAAGGAUUUUUAUGAAGUAUUUUUUCCCUUGUGAGAUGAAUUGCACUUGUGUAUUUUAGGAGGUAUUUGAUGGAAGAGCAAAGACACCGAAUCUUAUGUCAAAUACAGUUGACAAAGGAUGGAAUUCUAAAACUGAUUGGUAAAUGUCAAAAAUAAAAGGCACUAAGGCCAAAUGUCA